GUGCUAACAUCAGACAAAGCAAGAACAAUAUCCACAACUAUUGUCCCAUUUCCGAAGCACAAUUGGAACCUAGCGAUGGCCAAAGCAAGCCCUCAGGUUUAUUGGUGUCGCCGCCUGGGAAUACUGGUUGAUACAGACAUCUCUAUCCUCUCAUUCACCUAGAUAUCGACACAAAUAGGAAGGCCAGCCUUCAUGCCUUUGCCAACGCCAGAAAACACUACAAGAAGAUCCAGAAAAAGUGCUAUGUCCAACGCGUUCGCGAGAUGCUCUUCCCGGAAUAAGAGGCGGCCCGAUAGAGAUGCCAGGGCAUUGACUCAGAGUAAGCAGGCUCUGCGAAAGCAUAUAAAAGAGUCGCAGGGUUCUUCUGGUAGGCAGCGCAUCAAGGUCCAUGGAUUUCAUGGAUACUACAAGGGCCAGAUGGUCGCGACACCGGAAGAAACUCGCCCUCAUGCACUCUCUUUACAAGACCUGGAAUGUGUCCGGACGCUAGGUCAAGGCGCCUAUGGCAGCGUCGUGCUAGUACGAGUGCGCCAACGUUCCAGUCCACAUAAGAUCGACCGCCCAGGCGCGGUCUUCGCCAUGAAAAUAUUGAACAAGGGAGAAUUGCAAGAUUUAGACCAGCGCCACCCAGAUGACACUGACAUAGAAAUAGCCAGCCUUUGCAAACUGCCAUGGAAUCCGUUUGUUAAUGGAGUGGCCAGCGCCUUCCAAGACUCCGCCCAUCUCUAUUUGAUGCUAGAAUGCAUCCCCUCCGGAUCUCUGCACGAUCUCAUCUACAAGCGCGGUCCUAUGGAUGCCACAGCAGCCCGGUUCUACUACGCAAACAUUGCCUGUGCGCUUAUGUUCAUCCAUGGGCAGGGUCUCGUCCACCGUGACCUUAAGCCAACCAACAUCUUGGUGAAACCCGACGGUCACCUUGCGUUGGCAGACUUUGGCCUCGCAAAAACAGAGUCAGACAGCUUGAAGGGUGGAUGGACGAUGGUUGGCACACCAGUGUACAUGGCUCCUGAGUUGAUCGAUCCCCAAGAUUUAGUGGGGCGUAGCGUCGAUUGGUGGGCAAGCGGAAUCAUUCUGUAUGAAAUGAUCGUUAAGCGAGUAGUACGCACUCCUGUGAUAUGUCCGGGCAAAACUCUGACUGUUUCACGUCAGCCGUUCUAUGGCAAAGGCGAAGAGGAAAUUUAUAGGCGCAUCCAAUCAAGGCGGUACAAAUGGCCGAGACACAUUCGCGUCGGAAGGGCCCUGAAAUCAUUCGUGGCUGCCCUACUGACUUACGAAGCUAGGCAAAGGCUGGGAGUCGUUGGGCUUGUGAUGGAGCACCCGUGGCUGAAUAACAUCGAUUGGCAGAAGUUGGAACAGCGUCAAUACAUUGCUCCGUGGGUGCCUGGUACUCCCCAUCUUAUGGAGACAUGGCUGGAUAAACCACUUCCAGAACCGGAGACACUUCCGGAGCUGAGGGUAGUGGCUCCCCCAAUCUUUCGACAAUACGAUCAUCGGCAACCAGCUGUUCAGGGUGAUUAGGCUUAGGUGGUCCCUUUGGUAGCGCUACUACGAUGGCAUCAUUUCCCUACCAUUUCCUCCACUU